CGGCAGCAGCAGCGGCAGGACAGCGACGGCUGCCGGCGACGACCGCUCCUCUCGGGGGGGAGGGGGCGGGGCGCUCGGGCCCGGUUGCGGGACGCCGGAUGCCAGGCCCUUGGCUGAGAGAACUCAUGGACCUGUUACUUUUCUUCUGAGAGAGAAACCAGCUCACAAAACAAAAUGGCGUUUGUUGCAGCACAGGGGGCUACUGUGGUUGACCAAACCACUCUAAUGAAAAAAUACCUUCAGUUUGUGGCAGCUCUUACUGAUGUGAAUACACCUGAUGAAACAAAGUUAAAAAUGAUGCAAGAAGUUAGUGAAAAUUUUGAGAAUGUAACAUCAUCUCCUCAAUAUUCAACAUUCCUGGAACACAUCAUCCCUCGAUUUCUUACAUUUCUCCAAGAUGGCGAAGUCCAGUUUCUUCAGGAGAAACCAGCCCAGCAACUUCGGAAGCUAGUGCUUGAAAUAAUUCAUAGAAUACCAACCAACGAGCAUCUUCGUCCUCACACAAAAAAUGUUUUGUCAGUCAUGUUUCGCUUUUUAGAGACGGAAAAUGAAGAAAAUGUUCUUAUUUGUCUAAGAAUAAUUAUUGAACUACACAAACAGUUCAGACCACCGAUCACACAAGAAAUUCAUCAUUUUUUGGAUUUUGUAAAACAGAUUUACAAGGAGCUUCCAAAAGUAGUGAAUCGCUAUUUUGAGAACCCUCAAGUAAUCCCCGAGAACACAGUGCCACCUCCAGAAAUGGUUGGUAUGAUAACAACAAUUGCUGUCAAAGUCAACCCUGAGCGGGAGGAUAGUGAGACACGGACGCACUCCAUCAUUCCAAGAGGAUCACUUUCUCUCAAAGUGUUGGCAGAAUUGCCCAUUAUUGUUGUUUUAAUGUAUCAGCUCUACAAGCUGAACAUCCACAACGUUGUCGCUGAAUUUGUGCCCUUGAUCAUGAAUACCAUUGCCAUUCAGGUUUCUGCACAAGCCAGGCAACAUAAGCUUUACAACAAGGAGUUGUAUGCUGACUUCAUUGCUGCUCAGAUUAAAACAUUGUCAUUUUUGGCAUAUAUCAUCAGAAUUUACCAGGAGCUGGUAACCAAGUACUCGCAGCAGAUGGUAAAAGGAAUGUUACAGUUGCUUUCAAAUUGUCCAGCAGAGACUGCACAUCUCAGAAAAGAACUUUUGAUUGCUGCAAAACACAUCCUUACCACCGAACUAAGAAACCAGUUUAUUCCUUGCAUGGACAAACUGUUCGAUGAAUCCAUACUAAUUGGCUCAGGAUAUACUGCUCGAGAGACUCUACGGCCCCUUGCCUACAGCACACUGGCCGACCUAGUACACCAUGUUCGCCAGCACCUGCCCCUCAGUGACCUCUCUCUUGCUGUCCAACUCUUUGCCAAGAACAUUGAUGAUGAGUCCCUGCCCAGCAGCAUCCAGACCAUGUCCUGCAAGCUCCUGUUGAACCUGGUGGACUGCAUCCGCUCCAAGAGUGAGCAGGAAAGCGGCAAUGGGAGAGAUGUCCUCAUGCGGAUGCUGGAGGUUUUUGUUCUCAAGUUCCAUACCAUUGCUCGGUAUCAACUCUCUGCCAUUUUUAAGAAGUGCAAACCUCAGUCUGAACUUGGAGCCGUGGAGGCAGCUCUGCCUGGGGUGCCCGCUGCUCCUGCUGCCCCCGGCCCUGCACCCUCCCCAGCCCCUGUUCCCACUCCUGCCCCUCCUCCCCCACCACCCACAACUCCGGCUACGCCUGUGACCCCAGCCCCUGUGCCUCCCUUUGAGAAGCAAGGAGAAAAAGAUAAGGAGGACAAGCAGACAUUCCAGGUCACAGACUGCCGAAGCUUGGUGAAAACCUUGGUCUGCGGCGUCAAGACGAUCACGUGGGGCAUCACGUCGUGUAAAGCGCCUGGUGAAGCUCAGUUCAUUCCCAACAAGCAGUUACAACCUAAAGAAACUCAGAUCUACAUAAAACUUGUAAAGUAUGCCAUGCAGGCCUUAGAUAUUUACCAGGUCCAGAUAGCAGGAAAUGGACAAACAUACAUACGCGUAGCAAACUGCCAGACUGUUAGAAUGAAGGAGGAGAAGGAGGUAUUGGAGCACUUUGCUGGUGUCUUUACCAUGAUGAAUCCCUUAACAUUUAAAGAAAUCUUUCAAACUACAGUUCCUUAUAUGGUGGAAAGAAUCUCAAAAAAUUACGCUCUUCAGAUUGUUGCCAAUUCAUUCUUGGCAAAUCCUACUACCUCGGCCCUGUUUGCUACUAUCCUGGUGGAGUAUCUCUUGGAUCGUCUGCCAGAGAUGGGCUCCAAUGUGGAGCUCUCCAACCUGUACCUCAAGCUCUUUAAAUUGGUCUUUGGCUCAGUCUCUCUCUUUGCAGCUGAGAAUGAGCAAAUGCUGAAGCCUCACCUGCACAAGAUUGUGAACAGUUCCAUGGAGCUUGCACAGACAGCCAAGGAGCCCUACAACUACUUUCUGCUACUCCGUGCACUCUUCCGUUCUAUUGGUGGAGGAAGCCAUGAUCUCCUGUAUCAGGAAUUUCUGCCUCUUCUCCCGAACCUCCUCCAAGGACUGAACAUGUUGCAGAGUGGCCUGCAUAAGCAGCACAUGAAGGACCUCUUUGUAGAACUGUGUCUCACCGUGCCUGUACGACUGAGCUCUCUCUUGCCUUACCUGCCCAUGUUGAUGGAUCCUUUGGUAUCUGCACUCAAUGGGUCUCAGACACUGGUCAGCCAAGGCCUGAGGACUCUGGAAUUGUGUGUGGACAACCUGCAGCCUGAUUUCCUGUAUGACCAUAUUCAGCCCGUGCGCGCUGAGCUUAUGCAGGCUUUAUGGCGCACUUUACGCAAUCCUGCCGAUAGCAUCUCUCAUGUGGCCUACCGGGUGCUUGGUAAGUUUGGCGGCAGCAACAGGAAGAUGUUAAAAGAAUCCCAGAAGCUGCAUUAUGUUGUAACAGAAGUUCAAGGACCCAGCAUUACAGUAGAGUUCUCUGAUUGCAAAGCCUCUCUUCAGCUCCCCAUGGAGAAGGCCAUUGAAACUGCCCUGGACUGCCUGAAAAGUGCCAACACAGAGCCCUACUACCGCAGGCAGGCCUGGGAGGUGAUCAAGUGCUUCCUGGUGGCCAUGAUGAGUCUUGAGGACAACAAGCAUGCACUCUACCAGCUGCUUGCACAUCCCAACCUGCUUCGUCCUUUCCUGCUGCCUUGCUACCAGGUGGGCAGUCAGCCGAGCACUGCCAUGUUUCACAGUGAAGAGAAUGGGUCAAAAGGAAUGGAUCCUUUGGUUCUUAUUGAUGCCAUAGCUAUCUGUAUGGCCUAUGAAGAAAAAGAACUUUGCAAAAUAGGGGAGGUGGCCUUAGCUGUGAUAUUUGAUGUUGCAAGCAUCAUCCUGGGCUCAAAAGAGAGGGCGUGUCAGCUGCCCCUCUUUUCCUACAUCGUGGAGCGCUUGUGCGCAUGUUGCUAUGAGCAGGCCUGGUAUGCAAAGCUUGGAGGUGUGGUGUCCAUUAAGUUUCUCAUGGAGCGACUCCCUCUCACAUGGGUUCUCCAGAACCAGCAGACGUUCCUCAAAGCACUCCUGUUUGUCAUGAUGGACUUGACUGGAGAGGUUUCCAAUGGGGCAGUUGCUAUGGCAAAGACCACUCUGGAACAGCUUCUGAUGAGAUGUGCAACUCCUUUGAAAGAUGAGGAGAGAGCUGAAGAGAUUGUAGCAGCUCAGGAGAAGUCUUUUCACCAUGUGACCCAUGACUUGGUUCGAGAGGUCACCUCCCCAAACUCUACUGUGAGAAAACAGGCUAUGCAUUCCCUUCAAGUACUGGCCCAGGUCACUGGGAAAAGCGUGACAGUGAUAAUGGAACCCCACAAAGAGGUCCUCCAGGAUAUGGUUCCACCUAAGAAGCACCUGCUGCGCCACCAGCCUGCCAAUGCACAGAUUGGCCUGAUGGAAGGGAACACAUUCUGCACAACGCUGCAGCCCCGGCUCUUCACAAUGGACCUCAACGUGGUGGAGCAUAAGGUGUUCUACACAGAGCUCCUGAAUUUGUGUGAGGCUGAGGAUUCAGCUUUGACCAAGCUGCCAUGUUACAAGAGCCUUCCAUCACUUGUUCCUUUACGGAUUGCAGCAUUAAAUGCGCUUGCUGCCUGCAAUUACCUUCCUCAGUCCAGGGAGAAAAUCAUCGCUGCACUCUUCAAAGCUCUGAAUUCUACCAACAGUGAACUCCAGGAGGCGGGAGAAGCCUGUAUGAGGAAGUUUUUGGAAGGUGCUACCAUAGAAGUGGAUCAGAUUCACACACACAUGCGACCCUUGCUGAUGAUGCUGGGAGAUUACCGAAGCUUGACGUUGAACGUUGUGAAUCGGCUGACUUCAGUUACUAGGCUUUUCCCAAAUUCCUUCAAUGAUAAAUUUUGCGAUCAGAUGAUGCAACAUCUGCGCAAGUGGAUGGAAGUUGUGGUCAUCACCCACAAAGGGGGCCAGAGGAGCGACGGCAACGAAAUGAAGAUUUGUUCAGCAAUUAUAAACCUAUUUCAUCUGAUCCCAGCUGCACCUCAAACUCUGGUCAAGCCUUUGUUAGAGGUUGUAAUGAAAACAGAGCGAGCCAUGUUGAUUGAGGCAGGAAGUCCAUUCAGAGAGCCUCUGAUCAAGUUCUUGACGCGACACCCCUCGCAGACAGUGGAGUUGUUCAUGAUGGAAGCAACGCUGAAUGAUCCACAGUGGAGCCGGAUGUUCAUGAGUUUUUUAAAACACAAAGAUGCCAGGCCUCUGCGAGAUGUAUUGGCUGCUAACCCCAACAGGUUCAUCACUCUGUUGCUGCCAGGUGGUGCACAGGCUGCUGUGCGCCCUGGCUCUCCUAGCACCAGUACCCUGCGCCUGGACCUCCAGUUCCAGGCCAUCAAGAUCAUCAGUAUCAUUGUUAAAAAUGAUGACACCUGGCUGGCCAAUCAGCAUUCUCUGGUGAGCCAGCUGAGAAGAGUGUGGGUUAGUGAGACAUUUCAAGAAAGACACCGCAAAGAGAACAUGGCUGCCACCAACUGGAAGGAGCCCAAAUUGCUGGCCUUUUGUCUGCUGAAUUACUGCAAAAGGAAUUAUGGAGAUAUAGAAUUGCUGUUUCAGCUGCUUAGAGCCUUCACUGGUCGUUUUCUCUGCAAUAUGACAUUCUUAAAGGAGUACAUGGAAGAAGAGAUUCCCAAAAAUUACAGCAUCACUCAAAAACGUGCCCUAUUUUUUCGCUUUGUGGACUUCAAUGAUCCCAACUUUGGAGAUGAACUGAAAGCGAAGGUUCUGCAGCAUAUCUUGAAUCCUGCUUUCCUAUACAGCUUUGAGAAGGGGGAAGGAGAGCAGCUCUUAGGACCUCCCAAUCCUGAGGGAGACAACCCAGAGAGCAUCACUAGUGUAUUUAUUACCAAGGUCUUGGACCCAGAGAAGCAAGCAGACAUGCUGGAUUCCCUGCGCAUCUACCUUCUGCAGUACGCCACCUUGCUGGUGGAGCACGCCCCCCACCACAUCCAUGACAACAACAAGAACCGCAACAGCAAGCUGCGCCGCCUCAUGACUUUCGCGUGGCCCUGCCUGCUCUCCAAGGCCUGUGUGGAUCCUGCUUGCAAAUACAGCGGACACUUACUUCUGGCCCACAUUAUUGCCAAAUUUGCAAUACAUAAGAAAAUUGUCCUCCAGGUUUUCCACAGUCUUCUCAAAGCUCAUGCAAUGGAAGCCCGAGCAAUAGUCAGACAAGCGAUGGCUAUCUUGACUCCUGCAGUGCCUGCCCGCAUGGAGGAUGGGCACCAGAUGCUGACACACUGGACCAGGAAGAUCAUUGUGGAGGAGGGACACACGGUCCCACAGCUGGUGCAUAUUUUGCAUCUGAUUGUUCAGCAUUUUAAGGUGUACUAUCCAGUGCGGCAUCACUUGGUCCAGCACAUGGUCAGUGCCAUGCAGAGACUGGGCUUCACGCCCAGUGUGACCAUUGAGCAGAGGAGGCUGGCUGUGGACUUGUCUGAGGUCGUCAUCAAGUGGGAAUUGCAGCGGAUCAAGGACCAGCAGCCGGAUUCAGAUAUGGACCCAAAUUCCAGUGGAGAAGGCGUCAACUCUGUCUCAUCCUCCAUUAAGAGAGGCCUGUCUGUGGACUCUGCCCAGGAAGUGAAGCGCUUCCGGACGGCCACCGGUGCCAUCAGUGCAGUGUUCGGGAGGAGCCAGUCACUGCCUGGGGCAGAUUCUCUUCUUUCUAAGCCCAUUGAUAAACAGCACACAGACACAGUGGUGAACUUCCUCAUCCGAGUGGCUUGUCAGGUCAACGACAACACAAACACUGCUGGCUCUCCCGGGGAGGUGCUCUCCCGCCGUUGUGUCACGCUUCUGAAGACUGCCUUACGACCAGAUAUGUGGUCCAAAUCGGAGCUGAAACUGCAGUGGUUUGACAAGCUGCUGAUGACUGUGGAGCAACCAAAUCAAGUGAACUAUGGGAAUAUCUGUACGGGAUUGGAAGUGCUGAGUUUCUUGCUGAGUGUUCUGCAGUCCCAGGCUAUCCUCAGCAGUUUCAAGCCCCUGCAGCGGGGUAUUGCUGCCUGUAUGACGUGUGGGAAUACCAAAGUGCUCAGAGCUGUCCACAGCCUCCUCUCUCGCCUGAUGAGCAUUUUCCCAACAGAACCAAGUACUUCCAGUGUUGCCUCUAAGUAUGAGGAGCUGGAGUGCCUCUAUGCGGCUGUGGGGAAGGUCAUCUAUGAAGGACUCACCAACUAUGAGAAGGCGACCAAUGCAAAUCCCUCCCAGCUCUUCGGGACCCUGAUGAUCCUCAAGUCAGCCUGUAGCAACAAUCCAAGCUACAUCGACAGGCUUAUCUCUGUCUUCAUGCGCUCCCUGCAGAAGAUGGUCCGGGAGCACUUAAACCCACAGGCUGCGUCUGGAAGCACUGAGGCAGCUGCAGGAACAAGUGAGCUGGUAAUGCUGAGCCUGGAGCUGGUGAAGACGAGGCUGGCUGUGAUGAGCAUGGAGAUGCGCAAGAACUUCAUUCAAGCUAUUCUGACAUCACUCAUUGAGAAGUCCCCAGAUGCCAAGAUCCUUCGGGCCGUGGUGAAAAUUGUGGAAGAGUGGGUUAAGAACAAUUCUCCAAUGGCAGCCAACCAGACACCUACACUGCGAGAGAAGUCCAUUUUGCUGGUGAAAAUGAUGACCUACAUAGAAAAACGCUUCCCAGAAGACCUUGAAUUAAAUGCCCAGUUUUUAGACCUUGUUAACUAUGUCUACAGAGAUGAAGCCCUGUCUGGGAGUGAGCUGACUGCAAAGCUCGAGCCUGCUUUCCUCUCUGGACUGCGUUGUGCCCAACCACUCAUCAGAGCAAAGUUUUUUGAGGUCUUUGACAACUCAAUGAAACACCGGGUCUACGAGCGCCUGCUGUAUGUGACGUGUUCCCAGAACUGGGAAGCCAUGGGGAACCACUUCUGGAUCAAGCAGUGCAUUGAGCUCCUCUUGGCUGUGUGUGAGAAGAGUACACCAAUUGGUACCAGCUGCCAGGGAGCUAUGCUCCCAUCCAUCACCAAUGUCAUCAACCUAGCUGACAGCCAUGAUCGAGCUGCCUUUGCCAUGGUCACGCACGUUAAGCAGGAACCUCGGGAACGAGAGAACAGCGAGUCCAAAGAGGAGGAUGUUGAGAUAGAUAUUGAAUUGGCCCCUGGAGAUCAGACCAGCACACCCAAGACCAAAGAACUUUCUGAGAAGGACAUUGGAAACCAGCUGCACAUGUUGACUAAUCGACAUGACAAGUUCCUCGAUACUCUCCGGGAAGUGAAGAAAACAAAGAUGUGCUCCAAGGAGUUGAACCAGUGGGAAGCCUUGACUGAGUAUGGCCAGUCCAAAGGCCAUAUAAACCCCUACCUCGUCCUAGAGUGUGCGUGGCGGGUGUCCAACUGGACUGCCAUGAAGGAGGCAUUGGUGCAGGUAGAAGUAAGUUGUCCCAAGGAGAUGGCAUGGAAGGUCAACAUGUAUCGCGGGUACCUGGCCAUCUGCCACCCCGAGGAGCAGCAGCUCAGCUUUAUUGAGCGCCUGGUGGAAAUGGCUAGCAGUCUGGCCAUCCGAGAGUGGCGGCGGCUGCCCCAUGUGGUGUCGCACGUGCACACGCCCCUCCUGCAGGCAGCUCAGCAGAUCAUCGAGCUUCAAGAAGCCGCCCAGAUCAAUGCAGGCUUGCAGCCCACAAACCUGGGGAGGAACAACAGCCUCCAUGACAUGAAGACGGUGGUGAAGACCUGGAGGAACCGGCUGCCCAUUGUGUCUGAUGACUUGUCCCACUGGAGCAGCAUCUUCAUGUGGAGGCAGCACCAUUACCAGGCGAUUGUAACUGCCUAUGAAAAUAGUUCUCAGCACGAUCCAAGUUCAAAUAAUGCUAUGCUUGGGGUGCAUGCCUCAGCUUCGGCUAUCAUUCAGUAUGGCAAAAUUGCUCGGAAACAAGGACUCGUCAAUGUAGCGCUGGAUAUCUUAAGUCGUAUUCAUACAAUCCCCACUGUUCCUAUCGUGGACUGCUUCCAGAAGAUUCGGCAGCAAGUUAAAUGCUACCUUCAGCUGGCAGGAGUGAUGGGCAAGAAUGAGUGCAUGCAGGGCCUUGAAGUUAUUGAGUCUACAAAUCUAAAAUACUUCACAAAAGAGAUGACGGCUGAAUUUUACGCACUGAAGGGAAUGUUUUUGGCUCAAAUCAACAAGUCUGAGGAAGCCAACAAAGCCUUUUCCGCUGCUGUGCAGAUGCACGACGUGCUGGUGAAAGCCUGGGCCAUGUGGGGGGACUACCUGGAGAACAUCUUCGUGAAGGAGCGGCAGCUGCAUCUUGGGGUGUCUGCCAUCACCUGUUACCUGCAUGCAUGUCGGCAUCAGAAUGAGAGCAAAUCAAGGAAAUACCUAGCCAAGGUGCUGUGGCUUUUGAGUUUUGAUGACGACAAGAACACUUUGGCAGAUGCCGUCGAUAAGUACUGCAUCGGGGUGCCACCCAUCCAGUGGCUGGCCUGGAUCCCGCAGCUGCUCACCUGCUUAGUGGGCUCCGAGGGCAAGCUGCUUCUGAACCUCAUCAGCCAGGUUGGACGAGUCUACCCCCAAGCUGUCUACUUUCCGAUCCGGACUCUCUACCUGACCUUGAAAAUAGAACAACGGGAGCGCUACAAGAGUGAUUCUGGACAGCAGCAGCCCAGUUCAGUGGGUAACCAGUCCCAUUCUGCAUCAGAUCCAGGGCCCAUAAGAGCCACGGCCCCCAUGUGGCGCUGCAGCCGAAUCAUGCACAUGCAGCGGGAGCUGCACCCCACCCUGCUGUCCUCUCUCGAAGGCAUCGUGGAUCAGAUGGUCUGGUUCCGAGAGAACUGGCACGAGGAGGUGCUCAGGCAGUUGCAGCAAGGCCUGGCCAAAUGCUACUCGGUCGCCUUCGAGAAAAGUGGAGCAGUGUCUGACGCCAAAAUCACCCCCCACACCCUGAAUUUUGUCAAGAAGUUGGUGAGCACAUUUGGGGUGGGCCUGGAGAACGUGUCCAAUGUGUCUACCAUGUUCUCCAGCGCGGCCUCCGAGUCACUGGCCCGCCGCGCGCAGGCCACAGCCCAGGACCCCGUUUUUCAGAAGCUGAAAAGCCAGUUCACCACAGACUUUGAUUUUAGCGUUCCAGGCUCCAUGAAGCUUCACAAUCUCAUUUCAAAGUUGAAAAAGUGGAUCAAAAUAUUGGAGGCUAAAACCAAGCAGCUGCCCAAGUUCUUCCUCAUUGAGGAGAAGUGCCGCUUCCUCAGCAACUUCUCGGCACAGACAGCAGAGGUGGAGAUCCCCGGCGAGUUCCUCAUGCCCAAGCCCACGCACUAUUACAUCAAGAUUGCUCGGUUCAUGCCACGGGUGGAGAUCGUGCAGAAGCACAACACAGCGGCACGCCGGCUGUAUAUCCGCGGGCACAAUGGCAAGAUUUACCCGUACCUGGUGAUGAAUGAUGCGUGCCUCACCGAGUCGCGGCGUGAGGAGCGCGUGCUGCAGCUCCUGCGCCUGCUCAAUCCCUGCCUGGAGAAGAGGAAGGAGACCACCAAGAGACACCUGUUCUUCACAGUGCCGCGGGUGGUGGCUGUGUCCCCGCAGAUGCGCCUGGUGGAAGACAACCCCUCCUCACUGUCCCUCGUGGAGAUCUACAAGCAGCGCUGUGCCAAGAAGGGCAUCGAGCAUGACAACCCCAUUUCCCGCUACUACGACAGGCUGGCCACGGUGCAGGCGCGGGGGACCCAGGCCAGCCACCAGGUCCUGCGGGACAUCCUGAAGGAGGUGCAGGGCAACAUGGUGCCCCGUAGCAUGCUGAAGGAGUGGGCACUGCACGCACUGCCCAAUGCCACCGACUACUGGACCUUCCGGAAGAUGUUCACCAUCCAGCUGGCACUCAUUGGCUUUGCCGAGUUCGUGCUGCACCUCAACCGCCUCAACCCCGAGAUGCUGCAGAUUGCUCAGGACACCGGCAAGCUGAAUGUCGCCUACUUCAGAUUUGACAUCAAUGACGCCACUGGGGACCUGGACGCCAACCGGCCCGUCCCGUUCCGCCUCACCCCCAACAUCUCUGAGUUCCUCACCACCAUCGGCGUUUCGGGCCCGCUCACUGCCUCCAUGAUUGCCGUGGCCCGCUGCUUCGCUCAGCCUAACUUCAAGGUGGAUGGCAUCCUCAAGACGGUGCUCCGCGAUGAGGUGAUCGCGUGGCACAAGAAGACGCAGGAGGACACGUCGUCGCCACUUUCGGCCGCCGGCCAGCCUGAGAACAUGGAUGGCCAGCAGCUUGUGUCACUCGUGCAGAAGGCCGUCACGGCCAUUGUCACGCGCCUGCACAACCUGGCACAGUUUGAGGGCGGCGAGAGCAAGGUGAACACUCUGGUGGCCGCGGCCAACAGCCUGGAUAACCUGUGCCGCAUGGACCCCGCCUGGCACCCGUGGCUGUGACCCCACGCCCGCCGGUGGCCUUGAGUGGAACCCCCGCGCCAUGUGGGCGGGCUGAGCCUCCCCCAGCGCCCUGCCCACACAUGGCUUUUUAAGGACCCGGUUCUCGGCUCAGCCGAGGAAGUCUUUUUAAUGGUGCUCUCCGUGGGGUGGGCCUCUCCCCACGCGCACUCCCGCAGGUGAGGCAGGGGUGCUGGGUGCAGCUGCAGGGCGGGGCCGGCUGCGCUCAGCCCCGCCUCCCCACGCCCCGCCUCCCCCGCGCUGCGCGUGGCCCCCCUCGAGCCCUGUAGACCUCGUGAUCAAUCAGUGUGCCCGGAUCGAUCCCCCUCCUAAUUUAAGAAGAGCCUGUGGCGCGCGCCCCGCGGCUCUCCGUUCACAUUUUUAUAGCCUGGCUUUGAGAGCGCUCUAUCAGCAUUUGUACAGUGUGAUUGUUUUUUAGAAUAAAUAUUUUAU